AUGGCUGUUGGACGAGCGUGGAGCCUCCUCUGCAGCAUUGCUCUGCUGGCGUCCGAUGCUUCGGCCACGUAUCGGGGGCUGAAUGGCGGAGACCCCCAAAUGAUGGCCGCCCAGAGCUACGCGCAGACCAGGAACAAUGGACGACCCCCGAUCAGGACGCUCAACCCUGCAAAGACAGACACUCAGUGCAGGAGCCGCCGCCUGGACCUGGUCUUCAUCAUCGACAGCUCUCGCAGCGUGCGCCCCAUCGAGUUCGAGAAGGUGAAGAUAUUCCUGGCCGACAUGGUGGACACGCUGGACGUGGGUGCGGAAGGCACCAGGGUGGCCGUGGUCAACUACGCCAGCACAGUCAAAACAGAGUUCUUUCUCAAAGAUCACUUCAACAAGCCCGAACUGAAAAAGGCCAUUUCGCGCAUCGAGCCACUGGCAGCUGGAACCAUGACGGGCCUCGCUAUCAAGACGGCGGUGAACGAAGCCUUCACUGAGCAGUCGGGAGCUCGGCCGCGCUCCAAGAACAUCUCCAAGGUGGCCAUCAUCGUGACGGACGGCAGACCUCAGGACCAGGUGGAGGAGAUCUCAGCUUCCGCUCGGGCGUCCGGGAUCGAGAUCUACGCCGUUGGGGUGGACCGGGCCGACAUGAAGUCUCUACAGCAGAUGGCCAGCAUCCCUCUGGAGGACCACGUCUUCUAUGUGGAGACUUACGGCGUCAUCGAGAAGCUGACCUCCAAGUUCCGGGAGACCUUGUGCGGUCUGGACCCCUGUGCCAUGGGAAAUGACUGCGAACACAUAUGCGUCAACAGCAACGCCUCCUUUUACUGCAAGUGCCGGAACGGUUAUAUCUUGAAUGCGGACAAGAAAACAUGUUCCCAGAAACAGGUGAAGGUGGAGGUGGUGGAGGAUCCCUGCAAGUGUGAAGCCAGACUGGCCUUCCAGAAGCAGACGCAGGCCGCCAUCCAGCAGCUCACCGCCAAAAUGGCUGAUGUGUCUGGGAGAAUAGAGCGUCUGGAGAACAUGCUGGGUCGAGUUUAG